GGGUGAAAUGUCAAAGUGCCGGAAGUAAUAUUCAAAUCUUUUCAUAUCUUUCAUCAAGUUCAGUUUCAUUAAAUUAAAAGCAACAAAAUGAAUCCUGCAUGUAACACAUUCGAGAGAAUACAAAACGAAAUAAGAGAAAACUUAGAACGUGAAAAGGAAUUGAAAAAUGGCCAUUCAAGUUUAAAUGAGGUUAGUUAUUUGCUUAAAGAAGAAUCAACAAGUGUCUCUAAUGGCACAAAUGGAAUUUUAUCCAAAUCAAACGGUUUCACGCGGAGAUUCAUACCCAAUACUAAUACUAGAGGGGUUAUGCAAAAAUUUUUUAAAAAUAGAGGUAAAAUAUCACAGUCUGCUUUAAAUUCACCAGAACCCCAACAUACUUUUGCUCCUGCAAAAGGCAUUUGUCUUAGAAAUGGUUAUGUUCCAACAGAAGAAAAAAUUGUUAAGGAACUAUUAGACUUUCAAAAACGAGAAAUGGAAUUGAGGGAAGAGCGAAGAAAAUCUCAGCCAGAUUUAAUGAAAGCACUAGAAUUAGAAGAACAUCAAUUAAAAUAUCAGGAUACAAGAAGUAUGCUGAAAUCCACAAAAUCACUGUCCAAUUUAUAUCAGUCUGGAGAGAAUAUUAAUGUUAUUGGACCAUUCAGAUAAAGAAUGUUAUUUUAAUAUCACCCAUUAUUGUGAUCUCUAGAUAAGAAACUACUUCU